AUGUCCAAGCGUAACAGAGACCAUGUAAAUAUAUGGAAGAAGGUGCCCCAUAGAAUAAAAGGUCUUUGGAAAAAAGACAGGCUAUUUGAUCCAACAUCCCCCCCUCCAUUAACCAUCUACACCAAGCAAAAGCCCUCUUCUUCCUUGAUCUAUCGCAUAUUCUCCACUAGAAAUAAAAACAAGGCCAUCCUCCAACUAAAAGAGCAUCAAUGGGACCAUCCGCCAUCCGACGCAACAGAGCUCGAAUUGUAUGCUUCCUCCACAGAAGUGCCCAUAAGAGCUAACAUACUGUCCUUUUUCAACCCAUCACAGCAUCAUCGUUCACGACAAGAACAAAAACAUGGCUGGUCCAACAAAUUGUCUUGUACAGAUGAAAUCAGCAGAAUCUAUAUGGCUACAUUACAAAAGAUUCGGUUAUUCAGCCAUUACGCGAUGGAGCAGCAAAUCAGUAUACAUCACAUGUUGGGUUAUGUUCAGAGUCAACAGCAAAAACCCAUGUUGUGUCGUGGUGUCUAUCAACGCGAUUUCAACUCUAUUUUAUCCGGCAGAUCCAUGAUGACAGACUCGAUACUGAUGAAUAAUAGAAAACCUAAACGAACGAGAUAUAUUUUCAUGUUGCUGAGUACGCCUAUCGCUCAUGUUGCAAACAAAAUACACCCAGUAACACAUGCUCUCUCAAGAUUACGCAGGCCUUAUGCUGAAACGUACGCUAUGGUCCAAGCACAUGAAGAACACGAACAAGAGCAAGAAGAAAAAGCAACAAUACAGCCACCAUUACUGCCUGUAGCCAAUAAAAUGGCAUCGUAUUUGGUACCUGCAGAUUACCUUUUGGAUCCAGCUACGUUGUUCUGCUCAAAUAUGAAUGCAACCACUCCCACUGCUGAGGCUAAUAGCACGCAUCGGCUCGGAACCAAAUGCAAUGGUAGCACAGCACAGGCACCAAAAGCAACAACCACAUCAUCUGAACAUUACAAUUUAAAGAAUAUUAUGACAAAGAUACAAAUUCAAACAAAUUAA